UGCGGACACGCUGUCAGAAACGUAUCACCGAAAACUCAUCGAAUAUUCAAUGUGUAUUUUACCCGCCCUUUGCAUAUCUGGUGUCCACGUGGUCGAUUGUCCUAUCUUAUUUGAAUAAUGAAUGUUUCAUUAGCGCGUCAUUAAAAUACCUAGGGACUUUUUGACGUUAAAAUGACGUCGAACCAUAAAGGAAUGAAACAUUUUAUUCGACGAGCACCUAUUACGACAAAUUCAGAAAAAGCUGUCGUGGAAUAUUUCUUGUCGAAGCAGGAAGAUCGUAACAUUAAAAAGUAUCCGGAAUGGGAUAAGCCAAGAGUUUACCCGGCAUUAGAAGCAGUUAGAGCUCGUUGUGAGUUAGCAAAAGUCGAGAAGAAAUUACAAGCGAAAUGGGUCGAACAGGAGAAAAAGCGAAAAAUCAUGGACGAACAGUGGAGGGAAAUGAGAUUGCAAGAGUCGAUAUUGCGUGAAUCAUUUAUAAAAUUCAAUAGAUUCGUAAGGGAAAAUCAGGAAAAACGCGAACGCGCCGAGAUGAAAAUCAAAGAGGAACGGGAGCGUCAAGCGAAGCGGAUGGAAGAAGUCAACGAUUUGAUCGAUAGGCUAAAUUAUAUGAAAGAAACUCGUGACAAGAUGAAGAAACACGUGGAUGAAUAUAAAAAGUAUCAAACUUAUUUGGAUAAAGUUGUCAACGAUACAGGAGAAUUUCAGUCAAUCGCAGAAAUUUUUAAUCGUUAUGAAACUUUAAUGGAGGCACGAAUGAUUUUAGCCGAGCACCAAGAUAAGAAUCUUCAAAUAUUGGAGCAUCAGGGAACGGAACUGCAUCACAUGACGGAAUCAAAGACCGAAAAAUUCAUGGGAUUGAAUAAUCAAUUAGCGCAAUUACAAGCUAGACGCGACAGGGCAGAAGCGCGAGCCCGUAAAUGGGAGACGAUCGUCUCUAAGAUAAAAGUAACUACGGCGGAGAAAAAUCUAGAGCACACGCAGGUAAAGACUUGUUGCUGGAAUCUGUAUCAACAGAUCUGUAAGAGAAAGGGUAUUGCCGUUACCGUCAGUAAAGACGAUGUCGAGCAACAAUUGAAUCAAAUCAAACAAACGAUCCGUGAACUAAAACGACUGAUCAAAGUCGCUAAAAAACGUGCACCGAAGGAAGAGGUACGAAAGCCUUGAAAGAAGAUUUUCAAUUCCUUGUAAAUAAAUAUAUUUGAUCGCAAAGUAAUAAAGUAAAUACUCAUAAA